AUGCUCUUCACCAAUCUCACCGUGUGGUUGGCUUCCUCUCUGUCUCUCAUUGCUUCAGCGCAAUCCGUAUGGUCGGCAGCCACACCAGUAACGAAAUUCCCCAUACUACCUCGAACGGCAAACCAGAGUACCACCGGCGUUAGCCCUGCAAGUGGAACUAAGAAGUACUUCGCCGAGACAUUUUGUACACCCUACCAAAAACUCAUCGAGAAGAUCGCUUGGCGUGAUGCCCUGCAAUACGCGCAAUCGUUGGCCAGUUGGCAGCCCAAUGGUAGCUUCCAGCCCGCCAUGGACUUAUACAUGGGCAACGACAGCAGAGGUCAAUUAGGUGCAACCCUUCGAGCCAAUAUUGAUGGCGCAGUGAGAAUACACGACCAAUCGACCUGGCCACGGAACCAGAGACUCUUUGUCUUCUGCAGCGAGCCUAUGAUAUUCGUAGAAAAUGGAGGAAUGUGCGGCGAGGCUCUCGCUUACGCAUUCAAUAUCAAUGGCACCUACUAUGAUAAUCACUAUGUCGUCUUCUGCCCGCCCUACUAUGAGUUGCAAACACUUUAUAAGACCCUCUCCAUCACCGAUGCUUUUCCACUAGAACGUCUCCUUGUGACAUCAGCAAACGAUUUCGAUGAAAACCAAGGCGAAAUAUAUUUUCAUGAAUCAUUGCAUUUUGCGGACUUGACAACCCCGGUGAACCACCCAAUUCAUGAUAACAACGGUAACGAACCAGACAUAUACGGUCCAUAUGAUGUUGCCAUGGAAGCUGAGUCAAAGAACACUGCGGCUUGUCUUCACAUAGCGGAUGCCUAUACCCAUGCAGCAGCCGCCAUAUUGAUACAGCAACGCUAUAACCUUGCUGAUCCGCCCAAGCCAAGGAAAUCUGUUUUUCAACGGAAUCUCGGCUCGCAAGCCAAUGGUUGGAACGAUACCUUCGAACGCCUGCCACAAUUACCUAAUCCCAAUACACCUGACAAUCACAUCGUCUCCAACGACUUCGGAAUCGGUCCGGUUGCGUCAUCCAGUCAUCAGCUCAUACCGGGGUCGAGUAGUCUGUCGAAGCGCGUGGUAUGGCCACCCAAGUUUCCUUGCACAGCCGAGAAUCGUUGCGUAAGAUCCAUGGCAGCCACAAUUGCCACCACCAUCAGUGGACCUUUGAUCUGCUUUCUUGUUGCUGGGCUGUGUGUGCUAUCCUUCCUUCUGUAA